UUUGGACAAAGUUUUGAAGUUGUCUCUAUUGAUACCGGUCUCUGAAGUGUGACGCCAGUCGCCUCGCAAAUGCGGUUCGGCUAGCGUUGAGUCCGUUCCCCGCAUUCAUUGAAUUCUACGCUGUGAAGUGCGGCGCUUGCCACAGACCCGCUUUGGGCUUUUGUUUGGGUAGCACGUGUAAUUUACGAAACAGUUGAGAUUAGUGCUUGAAGUUAAUACCAAUGACGGAAGAAUACAUUCUUCUGAUUCUUCGGUCAACGUUAAUACACUCACCUUUUGUGAAACCACGUUCGUUGUUGGACCACUCUUGUUGACGGUACAAAUUACAUUGAGAAAAAAAUUAUAAGCUGCCAUCUAUUUCGUUGCUGUAUCAUAGACAGGCCUUAAUCUUGGAAGUAACAUGUGAAUUUGGCAAUAUUUUGUCUGAAAAUGUCAGUGCAACAAAAGCGCGAUGACCUUGGGAAGCUUCUCGCCUGUCUUCUGGUAUCAAGGAAAGGCGACAGUACAGUACACGAACUAGAAAGAGAUUACAGAGAAAACGAGGGUAGAACUAUACCUUAUCGAGAUUUUGGAUGCAUUUCGGUGUUGGACUUUUUACGUAGCAUUCCUGAUCAUGUAAAACUUAGGCCAUCAAAUGGAACACAUCUGGUUUUCCCUGUUGUAUCGGAAAAGAUUAAGCAUGUUAAUGAUCUAGUAGUCAGACAAAAACCAGCUAAGAAAAGUUGUGGAUCACGUCGAAAAACCAGUAAGCCUUCUAGGUAUGGUCCAACGGUAAGAGAACCGAGACCAUUUAUACCAAAUAAUGUGCAGAAAGAAAUUGCUAGUAUGCUUACCAGAGAGCCAAAUGGUGUGAAGAAAGAUCAUAUUGUGGAAUACUUGCAAAAUUCAUCUGCAAUCGCUGGUACAGUGAAUCUUACGAAUGUUGAUGAUUACUUGAUGAGCAUGUCCCAUAUUGCUUACACGAGAGGCAACAUGGUUUUUCUAAGCCGUUCUCUCAAUGUCACCAGUAACACAGCACAGCAUAACAUUAGAUCGCCCAAUCAGCCUGAAGCAGGGACAUCAAACAACUCAAAAACCCCUCAACCUUUGAUGAGUGUCAACAGUACACCAGUGACGAACUCUUACCCUGCUGGUGCAGAAGAAGAUGAAGAUGUCUUUUAUGAUGAUGAAUUUGGCGACGAAGAGAUUAGGUUUCACUAUGCUUCCAUGAAUAAUCACAAAGUUGAGAAUGAUAAUCUGCCUCAGCAGUCAUCAUCGACAAGCCUAGGACAAGGUCCAGGAAGAAUGUCUUCAGCAAAAUUCAUUGAACGUGGUGCAGGAUCACUUAAACAAAUGCAGUCGCAGCCCAAGCCCAGUACGCUACCUCUAGGAAAUAAUUUAAACAACGAGACAAUGAGCAAAUUGACAGACAAUGCGUAUUAUACAGAACCAAGUGAACAGAACCAUGAAACUUAUGACACUUAUGCAUCCGACGAUGAAGAAUUGGUCGACAUAAUUAACGACAGAUUAAAGUCACGUUUGCAACAAUUAAUUCAAAAACAUCCACAUGGAAUAUGGUGCGCCGAUCUGCCUCAAACAUAUUUGGAUGAAUACAAUGUUCCACUGGACUAUGCAGAACUUGGGUUCCAAAGUGUUUGCGAUCUCGCAUCCCAGCUUGCGAGUAUUUUUCACUUAUGUAGAUGGGAUAAUCGUGGGGAUUUUAUAUUAUACGAUGCAAGUAAACCAGUACCGACUGAGGUGAAGAAGCUCGCUUCUGAUGGGCAACAUUCUGAUUGGGCAGAUACAUUUGAUGAUGAUUAUGAGGAUGUGGAUCCCAUUCCUCCGGCACUGGAUUUACAAGUAUCUCAAAAAUUAAUACCACAUGAUGUAAUGAGCCACGGUGAAAGUGUUGGUCAAGAGAGGAUACCAGAACCUCCCUCUGAUGGAUCUCUCCAUCACCUGGAAGUUGUUGUUUCAGAGGUUUAUACACCCAGUUUGUUCUGGGUUCAUUUACGGAAAAAACGCAUGAAGUUAGGACAACUAAUGGAAAAUAUACAUGAAUUCUAUCAGCGAGAAGGAUCCAAUUACACUAUCCCAAGCGUCGUAGUGGAAAAAGGCUUGAAUUGCGUUUGCAUGUUUGAAGAUAAAUGGCAUCGAGCCAUAAUUAAAACUGUAAAACCAGAUGGAGAUGUUACGUUAGUAUUUUACGAUUAUGGUACAACCAAAACGUAUCCACCAGAAGAUGUGAGGUUCUUACAUAGACUAUUCUCAAAUUUACCAGCUCAAUCAAUUCCUUGUGGAUUGUACAACAUUAAACCUGUAAAACACGAUGCUUGGACAAGAGGAGCAAGUUCAGAUUUUUGGGAGAAAGUUGCUGAUAUACCAUUGGUUGCUAUCGUCAAUAAAAUUGACAGAGAGAAUAAUUCAAUGCUGAUAUCAUUGGUUGACACACGAGAAGAAGCAGACGACCAUAUAAAUGACUGGAUGGUACAUAAAGGGCUGGCGGAAUUUGGUAGCAUGGUGCGUAAUAGGCCUUCAAAUUACGUAUUUAGACAUUAUGUAAAAUGCAUAAAUUAUCACUAUGAUAAGCAUGUAAAAGCAAAAGAAAGGGGUCAAUUAAAUCAGCAAGUGAGCAACAAACACGUUGUUCACCCCGAAUCUGAAUCUAAUUCUAAUUCUAAUUCUGAACUAAAACUGAAGUCUGCCGAUUGUGUAAAAAGCUUGAUGACAAAAUUUUCCAAAUAUAAGAAAGGUCGAAACCAAAAUAAUAUAUCUCCAGGAAAUGAUGUUAAUUUUGAACAUAACUCAACUUCUGAACAGAGUACUGCGAACGAAAAACAUUGUUUACCUGAUAAUUUGGCAUUGGAAAUGAUCAAUUCUUCUCCGAAGUCUAUGAAUGAAAAUCGAUUUAGUAAGAUUUUUAAAUCUAAACUUGAUUCAAUGUGUGCUGCAAAGACCAACAUUGAGAUAGUUGAACAUAGUUCAACAGCCACAUCUUCAGUAGAACAGCGUACACAUGGGUCAGAUUGCAAUGGCCAUUGCAAUGAUUAUAAAGUUUCAUCUGAAGAUUGCAAAAACGCCAAACACGAACCGAAUUCUGAUAAAGUGAAAUAUUUUGGUUCAUUUCAAAGUUUUUUUGGAGGUCAUGGUUUGGCGGACGAUGUUGAUUGGUCAAAAAUUCGCACUGCAGUAAAAACUGAGCAGGGAAUCAAGCCAGUUGCAAGAGCUAAAGCAUCAGCUAUCCCUGAAUUUCCAUUCUUCAAUUUACGUGAAGAAGGUACAGGUGAAUCUGCAAUUUGUCAACGUAGUGAUAAGUCUAGUGACGACAUUCAAAAAGGAUCUGUGCCUCAUAAAUAUGUUACUAAUAGUAAAGAGGUAAUUGUUGAACCCGUUGACAAAUUUCCUGUAAAGCAAAUAUUACCAGCUAAAGAUUAUUUUCUGAACGCAAUUAAAAGUAACAAUGAUCAUUAUUACAGUGCUCAUGGUGAAAAAUUGUGGUGGUCGCCUGACGGAAACAUUGAGAAUAAAGCAGGUGUUAUUACUCCUUUACUGAGAAUGAGAAGAAAGCGUUUUGAGGAAUCAGAUAUCGAUUUAAUGAAGGUAUCUGCAUCGCCUGAGAUAUUGCAGAUUCUUAGAGGCAGAGAUUUAAAAAGUAAAUCCAGGGGCACUGCAUCUGAAAAGACAUCAGAUGCAGAUCUCAAUUUCAUUAUACAAUUGAAAAAUAUGGGCCAUCAUUGUACUUCGGAUAUAUCUGAUUUGAGUAAACCUGAAAAUAAACUUGAAACUAAUGAAAUUUUGACACCUAAAGAUGGAGUGAUCAAUCAAAGUUCAUUGGUAAUCAAAAGUAGUGCUUGUCAAACAAAUUUGAAUAAAUCUGCUGGUUCCAUAACUGCGUUGCAAAAUACUAAUCAGAGUUGUACGACAUCUAAUUCACUACCAAAAAAUCGAUUUUCAACAAUGUUCGCUUAUUUAAAUAGCAAGAAGAAGAAAAAUGUACCUUCGGUUUCCAGACAAAAUUUUUCAUCCGAAAGUUCUGAGGAAACUGUUGGUACGAAUAGCAUCUCAAUAGCCCCAACUUCGAGCAGCAUGGACCUCACAGAUUCGGUUGAUAGUUCAGAAAAAAUUAUUGGAUUACCAAAAGCUCGAGAUGUAUCCUGUAAAGGUGAAUUAUAUUUGACAAAACAAUUCGCAAAAUAUUCAAUUAGUUCUCGAAAUCAGGUAUCGCCAACUAUGCAUGGCAUAAUUCCAAAUACGAACAUCAACAUCAGUGACAUACCAUCUACAAAUAUUGAAUGUAGUCACGAGUUAGAUGAACGAUCGGAAAAGAAGUGCAAAGCUGAAGGUUCCGGUCAAAAUGAUGAAAUAUCAAAUUUAGAUUUAACUCGGAAAAACGAUGAUGAAAUAUCGUUGUCAAAUAACAGGCUUGUUCGAGACAAUUUGACAGAAAGUACUUCUAGCAAUAUCACAGCCUGCAAUAAGCCAGUUGUGAAUGUCUUAGAUUCUUUGGACAUUUGUUUACAAACAUCUAACCCUACACAGAAACAAAAAGAGAGUCAUGCCUCAAUUUGCCAAGGCACCAGCUUCAUUUCAAAUACCAGUCUAGUAUCUACAUUUGAGACAAAAGAGCAAGUUGAUAAUUCAGUAGAACUACAGGGUCAUUCUAGUAACACUUCUGAACUGGAUUCUGAUGACCUUAGUCGGUCAUAUUCUAAUUCAGAAAAUGAUAGUCCAUCUGUAAUUCGAACCAAAAUUGAUAUCGAAUUAGACAAAAAUUUCGAUACUGAAACUUUAGAUAAUGAUGAAAUCAUAGCCAGUCGGCAAAAUGAUUUAUCACGUGAUGCUGAAGAUAUUCAAGUACAAAUAACACCUGAUAACACUUUUAUACAGUCAGGAGAUAAUAAGAUCGACACAUGUGUCCCGAAAACUGAAACUCAGGUUUAUGUGCCUAUAGUCAAUGAUGUGGAUGAUUUGGAGGACAGAGAUGAGUGGGAAGUAAAUGGUGUAUGGCAAGAUUUCAUGAAAGGUCAGGAUAAUUAUAUGUCUCGCAUUAUGCACAAACUAGAAAGUGCAAUCAUCAACCCAGAUUCAGCAAAAAUAUCUGAAAUAACCGAUAACUCUGAAGUGGCUGAUGUUUGCAACUCAAAUUAUCUCAGAGAUAAACCAAAUGUUGAAAAAAUUACUGAAAAAAUUUAUGAAAAACAGUAUGGUGAGAACUACGUUUCGAAAGAUAAUCAGAUUAAGCCCAAUGAUAACAUUUCUGACAACUCGGAGUUACUUGAAAACAAUGUACUCAAACCUGAGAAACAGUCAGCAUUGAUUGUGGAUGAAAAAGUUCCUGACAGUGAAACUCAAGAACGUAUCAAAAGGUUAGAUAAAUUUACCUAUGGGAAUACAUUAAUUCGAACUUCCAAUAAUAACAACGAAAAUGAACCGAUAACUUCAAUACCUAGUAGUUCUGGCAACCAAAGUCCCAUUCCAGGCGAUGAGAGCACAUUUGAUAACGCUUCUCCAAUUAUACAUAAGUCACAAAAAUAUGAAAAGUCGAUUGUUGAAAUUCCUCAUGUAAAAAGUCUUAGUGGAACAUCUAUGGAAUAUCAGAACCACAUACCUGUAGCCACAACCUGUGACAACAAAAUACCAACUCGUAGUCUUACGAACAAAACAAUGACCAUGCAGGCAAUGUUGAAAAAUUUCAAAGAUAAAACAAGUCUAAGGCAGUUCAAUACCAACUCUAAACAAAUCGAGGAUUCCUUGCAGAGCAAAGAAAAUACAUCAGAAAAUGGAAAGUCAGGAACAAGUUCUAUUGAUGAUGACACAUUCGAAGAAAUAGAAAAGAAAGAGUCAGCGUCUGAUUCAGAAAUGUUUGCCGACUUAUCAAAUACUUCAAGUUCAAGUAAAGAUUCAGAUUUUCUUGUUACAAAUGCCAUAAGUGCAAACGUAUCCAAUCAUUCAAAUGAUACAUACUUAAGAAAUAAGUAUGGAACUCUUGACAGAGAAUCAAAAUCAUGCUCCAGUGAUGAUACAGAAUCUUUUGACAAUGAGUUACAAAGACUUCCAAUUUUAUCAUCAAUCAAGAAACAUCGGUUGACGGUAAAGUCUUGCAAAACUGACGACCUUCAGGAUGAAAAUAUUACACAAAUAAAUACUGAUACGGUUUUAAACAAUGAUAAUUUACUUUCCAAUGAAAGUAGUUCGAGUAAUAGCAGUCUAUCAUUGUCACUUUUUAAUAAAAUAAAGUCUAUGCUUGAAAAAUAAUUGAAAGAAUAAAUGGAAGCCACUGUUUCCAUGUUAAGUAAAAUCUAAAUCGAAAAGAUCUAAAUCUAGAAGAAAAGACUUCAUGCUACUGGUAACUAUCUAACUCGUUGAAGAAAUCAGCAUCAAAAACGAUUUGGUGAUCUUUGUUCGAUUGUUUGAACGUCAUAGAUAAUCGCGCUAAGUGAGCAGUAUUCUGAUUCAGAUUGGUUUUCAGUAGUUAUUUUUACUUCUAAAAGCUUGAACUGAGUUUACGUUUCUUUGUUAUUAUAUUCGUUUAAUUAGCUUAUAGGUAAAAACGAUUAAAAAAAUUCUCAUUUAUUUGCAAAUGGAAAGUGAUGUUUAUUCACUUACAAUUGUCGUAUUAUAAACUAUUGCGUCAUGAAAGUACAAUUGGCAAUUGUAACAUUGAAUGUAUCGAGUGGUAAUGAAUAUUUGUAAUGACAUUUAUAAAAAAUCACUGAACUUUUAAAUAAUUAUUCAUUUGAGUUUCGUUUGAUUACUUACACAUUUUAUUAGUUAUAAAGCUUAUUAUUAUGCUGUGGGAAAAAUUAUAACUUUAUGUUACAUUAUUCAGUUGUCCCAAAACAUAGUCUAAUGUUUUGUAUAUUUGAUAAUAAAUGAACAAUAUUGUAAAGUAAACAGGUUUUGCUUUCAUUACUGCACCUUUAUUCUGUAGCACCGUUAUAAAGAUCACAUGAAGUGAUUAUUUUUCCCAU